AUGCCGUACAAUAAAUAUAAUACACGUAAUAGUAACCGAUACAACACUCCAGGACAAUUUGUUUCGUCGGGCGAGCUGGUGCUUGACGCGGCCCAGGGUACCCACCAGUCGGGCAAUUCGCCGCAGCCAAACCAGCAACAAGCCCGGUAUGGUAAUCUAGGUCAGGCGCCCCAGCCAGUGCAGCCGCCUUCACCGGCUGAAGCGCCACAGCCGGCGUUCCCGCCGCUGCCAGAGCCGCCGAUGCCACCGGCGAUGGACCGAGAGGCGCCCUUCAAUGUUGAGAACGAAGAAACGGACAUCAAUAUGGAGUCCGAAUCGAACGUGAACUGCGAUGACGGCAGCACGAAGCCGCCAUGGAUGAAGUCGAAGCUGUCUGGUGUGAAGAAGAUCAGCAACCGCGAGCGACGCCGCCGCCAGAACGAGAACCUGCGCCGCCUCCUCUCCCCCAAGAAUGCGCUCAUGGUGCUCAACGAGAUGCUGCCCAACGAGCAGCUGGCCACGCAGUUCAAAGUGGAGCCAGUAGCCACCAACAACCAGUACUACAAGCCGCACAAUUUCGUUGCCGACCUUUCGCUCGACGGGCAGAGCUAUAAGGGCUUUGGCGAGAAUAAGCUGACUGCGCGCAACGCUGCGGCGGAGCAGGCCAUCCGGGAUCUCAUCAUCAAGAAGAUGAACAAAGCAUUUUACACCGAAGGUGACUUGGCGUCCGGGGGCAGCGAGAGCGGCGAGGGCGACGAGGAGCCGCUGCCUAUGAUCCAGCUGGCGUCGUUCGCGCUGCACAAGCUGUUCUGCGAGUGGGAGGUGGAGGGGCACAAGGUGCCGCAGCUGCGGCCGCCGUCGGCGGACGCGUCGGGGGCGGCGGGGGCGCCCCCCUGCCCCUCGCCGUGCCUCGCCCUCGCCCCCGCGCCCGGCCCGCGCGCCCCCCGCCGGCCCAAGCAGCUGCCCGAGGACGCGGCGCAGCAGCACCCGUGCAUGCUGCUCACCUACAUGCGGCCCUCGCUCGAGUACCGCGAGCUGGCCGCGCACGGCGACCGCCCCCAGAACAUGCUCUACACGAUCGGCGUCGACGUCGACGGCGCCACCUACAUCGGCAAAGCGCAAAACAAGAAGGAGGCGCGGAAGGCGGCUGCUCGGGCCGCCUGCAAAGCCAUUUUUGGUGUGGAGUUCCAGAAC